UAGAGCACACACUACUACCCAGACAGAUUCUUAUUGCAUUCCUGUCCACAUUACCGUGAUACUGAAGCGCAAUGUCUGCAAGGAUUUCUUCCUUGCUGCUCAGGGUCUGUGCUUACAGUUUCCGAUGUUUGGAUGGCCUCAAAAGCUGCAGGAUGUGGAAACCAGGAGCAGCAGCUUUGUCUCGGUCUGUGAACUUUAUAUUUGCCAGGUCUCUCCAUGUAGACAGUCCUCCUUAUAAACCAUCCCUGACCACCAGCUACGUCCAUGGCACCUCUUCAUAUUCAUUGCUUCCCCUGACUGUAGGCCAGAGCCUGGAAGCAACGGUCCAACGCUAUCCUGACCGUGAAGCUGUGGUCUUUCUACAGGAUGGCAUCAGGAAAACUUUUGCUGAGUUUCAGAAAGAUGUGGACAUGGCUGCUGCAGGCUUGCUUGCGCUUGGCUUGAAGAGAGGUGAUCGACUGGGGAUUUGGGCUCCAAACAUAUAUGAAUGGAUCCUUUUCCAGUUUGCUUCAGCUAAGGCUGGAAUUAUCCUGGUGUCACUGAACCCAGCUUAUCAAGUGGAGGAGGUGGAGAUUACACUGCAAAAGGUCCAGUGUAAAGCAGUGUUGUGUCCAACCAGCUUUAGAAGGCAGAACUAUUGUGAGAUGCUGCAAGAGAUCUGUCCAGGAAUCGAUUCAAUGCUGCCUGGCAUGAUCAAAAGCUCCAGGGUGCCAGAGUUGCGUAUAAUCAUUCUGACCGACAGCAGACAGCCAGGAAUGCUCCAUGUGGACAAUGUGAUGCAAGCAGGGGAGAGUCUGCACUACAAACAGCUGAUGGACCUGCAGAGCCAGCUGUCUUUUGAUGAUGCCAUUAACAUCCAGUUCACUUCAGGUACCACUGGGAAACCAAAGGGAGCCACUCUUUCUCACCACAAUAUUGUAAAUAAUGCAUAUUUUGUGGGUCUGCGUAUGGGCUAUGAUUGCAGACCUCAGGUGCGAGUGUGUGUGCCCGUGCCUAUGUACCACUGCUUCGGCUCUGUGAUGGGAGGGAUGUGCAUGGCGGUUCAUGGCAUCACACUGGUGUUCCCUUCUUCUGCUUACAACAGUUGUGCCAAUUUAGAGGCCAUCCAGAAUGAAAACUGCAACUUUGUCUAUGGCACUCCCACUAUGUACACUGACCUGCUCAGUCGUGAUUUACAAAAGUAUAACUUGUCAUCAGUUGAAGCUGGGCUUAUGGGAGGUUCUCCGUGCCCUCCUGAGAUCCUGAGGAAGCUAAUAUCAGAAAUGAACAUGAAAGAGAUAACGAUUAUAUACGGAUCCACUGAAAACAGCCCUCUUACAUUCCUUGGGUUCCCACAAGACAACAAUGAGCUGAAGAUCAACACUGUCGGGUGUAUCAUGUGUCACACUGAGGCCAAGGUAGUGGACCCCAGCACAGGCCAGAUUGUCUCUUUGGGUGCUUCAGGGGAGCUGAUGAUCAGAGGUUACUGUGUGAUGCUCGGGUACUGGGAUGAUCUUCAGAAAACCAGAGAAGUCAUAGCUGAAGAUCGCUGGUAUAGGACUGGUGACACAGCCAGCCUGAACAGUCUGGGAUACUGCCGCAUCGAGGGACGCAUUAAGGAACUGAUCAUUCGCGGAGGGGAGAACAUUUACCCUGCUGAGAUAGAGCAGUUUCUCCACAAGCAUCAAAAAGUUCUGGAGGUGCAGGUGGUUGGAGUGAAAGAUGAGAGGCUGGGCGAGCAGGUGUGUGCCUGCAUUAGGCUCAGGGCCGGCCAAACCUCAACUGCAGAGGAGAUAAGGGACUUUUGCAAAGGCAAGAUUUCUCACUUUAAGAUUCCAUACUAUGUGAUCUUUGUAGACAGCUACCCUCUAACCGUCUCCGGGAAGAUCAAGAAGAACAUAUUGAAGGAGGAAAUGGAGAAGAAAUUGGGUCUUUGAUUUUUUUUUUUUAGAUCUUAAAAGGAAGUCAUUGUAAAGUACGAAGUAAACUGAAACUGAACUAUGUAUCUCAAUAAUUUAUGCCCUAUUUUGUUAAUUGGUGUUGGUAUAUUUAUGCAGCCUACUGAUUAAUUAUUACCGUGGGGAACAACACUUCUUUUAAAAACAAUGGUAACUGAACAAUUAAUUUUUAUUUUAAUUGUCCUUCAAUACUGAAAAUGAUUCAAUAAAUCAAUGGAAUAAUAAAUUAAAGUCUGGGAAG